UCUUAACACCGUCGCAUCUCCAGAUCUCUUGUGAAACCCAACGACCUCAAGCUAACCCCGAACCCGAAGCCACCGCUCAAGAGAAAAAACAACAAUGAAAUCCGCGAUGCUUCCCCUCCUCCUUGUGCUCCCCCUGCUCGCCGUCGCCGGCCCCGCCGCCGCGAAGCCGACGGCCUACGAGGCGCUCGCGGCCUUCGACUUCCCCCCGGGCAUCAUCCCCAAGGGGGUCGUCUCCUACACCCUCGACAACGCCACCGGCGACUUCACGGCGCACAUCAACUCCUCCUCCACCUGCGAGUUCUCCAUCCAGGGCUCCUACUCGCUCCGCUACAAGCCCGACAUCAGCGGCCGCAUCUCUGUCGACCGCCUCACCAACCUCCAGGGCGUCACCGUCAAGGUCCUCUUCUUCUGGCUCAACAUCGUCGAGGUCACCCGCAGCGGCGACCAGCUCGGCUUCUCCGUCGGCAUCGCCUCCGCCGACUUCGGCCUCGACAACUUCCUCGAGAGCCCCACCUGCGGCUGUGGCUUCGACUGCAACGACCUCCUGCUGCCGCAGUCCGCCGCCGAGUCGAGCCUGCGCCUGCGAGGUGCGUUCUAGGAUCCCCACCGAGCUCUCUCACAAAGUCACAAGUGACAAGCGCCCCUUCAAAAUUCAGCUAGUUCUUGGAUGGAUAUUCUUGCUCUUGUUGCUGGAAGAUACGAAGGGGCUAGUAGUAUUUUCUAGUGCUGUUCCUGUUUUAGAUGGACCAACAAUUUCAGGACUCGAUUUCGAUGGGUCCGUGUGUGAGUGCUGUACUGUUUCAGAAAGUUUAGAGUAAAACACUUGAGAUCAAUAAAAGUUUCAUAUUCCUAAA